AUGGAGGGUCUUAUCCCUUUAGUUUACCGGACGCUGAAGAAGACCAAAACCCGCCGGCGAUACCAGUGUCUCUCGUCCGGCGCUGCUCAACCUUACAACAUUGCUGAUUUCUACGUUCAUAGUCCGAAUCCGAGUCAAACUCAUUUCUACACGGAAUCGAAUAGUAAUUCCAUAGCCGAGGAGAACAUCGGCAGUCGUGGUCACCGUCGCCGGAUGUCCACGGGAAAUAUCCCCGAGGGAAAUAUCACUGUUACCGGAGGGUCUCAGACGCCGACGGGGCCGAAACUUACGAGGUUUAGGAGCACCAGGAUGUUUUCAUGCGUGACCGGUGGAUGA